AUGACGUACUUCCUUUAAGUACUGGCGUUUGGGGACGGCAACACCUACGUCCCAAGCGGCGAUAAAAAAAAGACGAAAUAACCGGUCCGGUGGAAACAACUUCAACCCGGUGUACAUCCACCGCUAUAUUAAAAUAAAAAGGCAAAAUGCCCCAGAACGAGCACAUUGAGUUGCACCGCAAGCGUCACGGCUACCGUUUGGACCACCAUGAGAGAAAGAGGAAGAAAGAGAGCCGUGAGGCCCAUGAGCGAUCCCACAAAGCCAGAAAGAUGAUUGGGUUAAAGGCCAAACUUUACCAUAAACAGAGACAUGCUGAGAAGAUCCAAAUGAAGAAGACCAUCAAAAUGCAUGAACAGAGGAAGACUAAACAGAAGAAUGAUGACAAGACCCCAGAGGGAGCAAUGCCCGCCUACCUGCUGGACAGAGAGGGACAGUCUCGUGCAAAGGUCCUCUCCAACAUGAUUAAACAGAAGAGGAAAGAAAAGGCUGGUAAAUGGGAGGUGCCCCUGCCAAAGGUACGGGCUCAAGGAGAAACAGAGGUCCUCAAAGUAAUCAGAACAGGAAAGAGGCAAAAGAAGGCUUGGAAGAGAAUGGUCACAAAAGUGUGUUUUGUCGGUGAUGGUUUCACUCGGAAGCCCCCAAAGUAUGAGCGUUUCAUCCGUCCCAUGGGCUUGCGUUUUAAGAAGGCUCACGUAACACAUCCAGAGCUGAAAGCUACUUUCUGUCUCCCCAUCUUGGGAGUAAAGAAGAACCCUUCAUCACCCCUUUACACAACAUUGGGCGUCAUCACCAAGGGCACAGUGAUAGAGGUCAAUGUCAGUGAACUGGGUUUAGUUACACAAGGAGGAAAAGUUGUCUGGGGUAAAUAUGCCCAGGUGACUAACAACCCAGAGAAUGAUGGCUGCAUUAAUGCGGUUCUGCUAGUGUGAAAGGACUUCUGCCUUACAUGGACUACUGUUAACACCAUGGAUUUAUUGGGCCUAUGUGGUUGAAAUAAUGAACACAGAAGAUCAAUACGCCGACGUCUUCAAAUCAUUAAACCAUGUUGAUGGAUCGCUUCGCAACUAAAGAACACUCAAAAGGAAAAUGAAAGCUGCACUUUGCUCAGUGAAAUGUUUUGGAAAUAAACCGGGCAUGAUAAUA